AUCUCUCUAUACACUCAACAAGUAGCCAGCCACCCACUCUCUCACUGUUUUCUCCACUUUCUCUUCUUCUUGCUCUAGAGAUCUCUCUAUCUCUAUCUUCAUUAUUUUCCUCUCUAGAGGACAUAAACAGUGACAUUCUAUCUGAACGCAUCUAUGGCUGCUCUGGUUCUUUCACUUCCCAUUCUAGCCAUGGCCGGAGACUCUAGUGCGUCAUGGUGUGUGUGCAAAACAGGGCUCAGUGAUUCAGUGCUACAGAAUACCUUAGACUACGCCUGUGGAAAUGGAGCAGACUGUAAUCCCACUCACCCAAAGGCACCUUGCUUUAACCCUGACAAUGUCAGGUCGCACUGCAACUAUGCGGUCAAUAGCUUCUUUCAAAAGAAGGGUCAAUCUCCAGGCACUUGUGAUUUCAGUGGCACUGCCACUCCAACUACCACUGAUCCAAGCUAUUCAGGAUGUACCUUCCCAACUAGUGCUAGCGGCUCUGGAGGCAGCACCACUGUGACACCAGGCACAACCAAUCCAAAAGGCAGCUCAACCACCACCACAUUUCCUGGUGGCAACAGUCCUUAUUCAGGAACCUCAGCCAAUGGAGGUUUUGGAAACAAUAGCACAGGAGCCACUGGGACAGGGAUUAAUCCAGAUUACUCAAUAGAAAGCAGUGCCUUUGCUCUCGAGAACUCAAGCAAAUUGUUCACUUGCCUUAUCUUGAUCUCUUUAAGUGGAUUAUGUUAUUUCUCGAUGCUGUUCUAAGGGUGUUAACUGUUAAUGUUCUCUUGUUUUGUUGGUGCACUUAUUGUCUCUAGGACAUUGUAUUGUCUCUAGGACAUCGGUCUAGCUUAGUGGUAGUCUAUGUAUGUGUGUGUUUUAGUUCUGUGUUAUUUCUUGUUGUGAGAUGAUUUCAGCCUCUUGGUCUUACUCUGGUAGAUUUGAUCGUAGUGAAAAAAAUUUAUAUAUAAAUGAUCUUAUUUUCUGUUA